CUUCCAAAUCUGUCUUAGUCUUUUGUUGGAAUUUUUUUGUCCAUAUAUCUUCAUUGUUAUCGUGUUUCUUGUACUUUUUUCGUUCUUGAAGAAAUUUGAAAGAGAAGAGGGAAUGGUGAGAGGGAAGACGGAGAUGAAGAGGAUAGAGAAUGCAACAAGCAGACAAGUGACCUUCUCCAAGAGAAGGAACGGACUUCUCAAGAAGGCCUUUGAGUUAUCAGUCCUUUGUGAUGCUGAGGUUGCCCUAAUUGUUUUCUCCCCCAGAGGAAAACUCUACGAGUUUUCUAGCUCUAGCGUGACAAAAACAAUAGAGCGAUACCAAAAACGAACGAAGGAUCUCGUGACUAAUAGCAAGGGGAAUGCCAAUUCGCUGCCAGCAAAGGGCGAAACACACGGCUUUGAAAGGAAGAUCCAACAGCUUGAGAUUUCCAAACGCAAAAUGCUUGGAGAAAGACUCGAGGCAUCUUCUGUCGAGGAGCUCCAACAAUUGGAGAACCAGUUGGAACGAAGCUUGACCAGAAUAAGGGCCAGAAAGUAUCAGUUAUUCCUCGAAGAGAUUGAGAAGUUAAAGGAAGAGGAAAGGAACUUGCUUGAAGAAAAUAAAAAGCUAAUGGAGGAGUGCGGAAUGAGUGCAAGAGGAGGAUUACAAGCAAAGCAAGUAGAAGCGGCGAAGAAGAUAGAUGACAACGAGGUGGUGACCGAUUUGUCCAUUGGACCCCCGAGACAAGACUCACCAAAAAAACCCUAGUAAAUCAUUAUGAAUAAUAUAUAUAUAUAUAUAUAUAUAUAUACACUUGGAGCUUUAUUUGAUUCCCGUUCUCCUUUGGAAGAAGGAGGGAUCUUAACUAAUGUACGAACGUCUAAAAUGUGGCAUCCACAUAAAAAAGAAAUCUGAAUACUCGAAUAAAUUCGGAGUUGGGUAUGUA